AUGGAUCGAGGACGUCGACAUGCUACACAUCGGAACCAGUGGUCGCAGAGACAAGCCGAUCAAGCUCCAGCGGUUCAACCGCUUUUUGUGCCACCGGAAACCCGGCCGGGAAACCAGGAUUUUCUGCAGCAAUGUCUGCAACUAUCCUACUCAUGGCAAGGUCGCGCGCUUGGAUAUCAUCUACCGGCCCGCUACCUCCCACAGCCCGAUCCAAUCAUGAUGAACCUCAUGCCAUUCUUACAAAUGGCCCCACCUCUUCCUACCCCGAUCCCAGAGCCUCAACCUCCUUCCCAAGCCUUUCUUUACCGGCCAUGUUCAUUGCCGGUUUGUGAUGUAACUCGCCCACCACCAGCUCUACCGCAAAGCUCAAGUGCCUGCCCGUACCUUUGCAUCGCGGGCCAGUGGUAUGAAUUGUAUCAAUCGGUCGCAUGGCAUGAACAGAUUCAACAAUCCGGCAGCGACCUCUACGAUCCACAUACACCGUACUCUGCACGAUGCUGCACACAUUGCUGGCGUUACUACACCGGCGAGGGCGACACUCGCCCGACCCUGCAUGAGGGACGUCUAAAAUGCUUGGGAUGCGUCAAUAAACAGGAUCCACAUCACCGUCGAGAAACGAUCAUUUUCUACGCCGCGCUCGACAUGUAUACGUAUCCAAACACCGAGGCCGAAUGUCCAAUCUGCUUGGAACCUAAGGUAUGGGAAGAGAAGAAAGGGGUCGCGUUGACGUGUGGACACGGUUUGUGCCGUACUUGUUGGGUUAAGACAAAGCGGAUGUGCCCUCUUUGCGCAAAAAAGCGAGAUGAACGGACCCCGAUGACGCUACAUAUGUAUUGGAUGGCCCACACUAUGCAUAUCGUGCGUGAACAACGGAAGCUCGUCCGAGCCAUGCUCGAGCAUCUCGAUAGUGGUCGAUGCCAAGAUUGUUGCCUGAAGAUCGCCACUCGUCACGUACAUUUCUGCACGGGUUGCCCGCCAAAAAUGUAUUGCAAAGCCUGUCUGCUGGCUCAUUCUGGGAAUGGACACCAACCGAUACCGUACUUCCCGGAAGUGUUUGAGGCUCUACAGUCAGCCGACAGUCCUGAGGCGUUCGUCCUCCAACAGCCUCUGAAC